AUGCUGAGUCCUCCGUUAAUGGUGGUGAUGCGCAUCAUCACCAUCAAUUCAUGCAUAAUUCACGUGUUCACCGCUGAAGCAUCUACAUCGCGCAAGAGUCGGGACAAACCCGACCUCAAGAUUGCGCCCAGCUCAGUCUACGAUGCAAAAGAUCCUGAUCUUGAUUCCUCAUCCAUCUGCCACUAUGGCGAGAACCAGAUAUCAUCUCCCUUGCAAAAUCUUCUAGCUGCAUAUUUGUGCCCGUUGGGCCGAGCCAGAAACACCAGCGAGGCAGGAUGUUUUGCUUUGUUUCCGAAUUUCGCCACACCGCCGUAG